ACCCCCCGCCCCUUCCCUCCUCCCCCCUGCCCGCGCGGCGGCCCGGGAGCUGCGUGCUGCUGCGUCAUCGCCAGGGGCCGGUUUGAAUGAGUCGCGUCGCAGCGGAGCCGCCACCACCGCGCCUCAGCCUGGGCCGCCGCUGCCGCGUCUCCGCGUUCGUCUCCCGAGGCCGCCUGUGCCGGGCCCCGCUCCUGCCCCGCCGCCGCCGCCCGCCCUCGGCCCCGCCAUGCCGCUCUACUCGGUUACUGUGAAAUGGGGAAAGGAGAAAUUUGAAGGUGUAGAAUUGAACACUGAUGAGCCUCCAAUGGUGUUCAAGGCUCAGCUUUUUGCACUAACUGGAGUCCAACCGGCCAGACAGAAAGUUAUGGUAAAAGGAGGAACAUUGAAGGAUGAUGAUUGGGGAAAUAUCAAAAUAAAAAGUGGAAUGACUUUACUAAUGAUGGGUUCAGCAGAUGCUCUUCCUGAGGAACCAUCGGCUAAAACUGUCUUUGUAGAAGAUAUGACAGAAGAACAGUUAGCAUCUGCUAUGGAAUUACCAUGCGGAUUGACAAAUCUUGGUAACACUUGUUACAUGAAUGCUACAGUUCAGUGCAUUCGUUCUGUGCCUGAACUGAAAGAUGCCCUUAAAAGGUAUGCAGGUGCCUUGAGAGCUUCAGGGGAAAUGGCUUCAGCACAGUAUAUUACUGCAGCCCUUAGAGAUUUGUUUGAUUCCAUGGAUAAAACUUCUUCUAGUAUUCCGCCUAUUAUUCUGCUGCAGUUCUUGCAUAUGGCUUUCCCGCAGUUUGCAGAAAAGGGUGAACAAGGACAAUAUCUUCAGCAGGAUGCAAAUGAAUGUUGGGUACAAAUGAUGAGAGUAUUGCAACAGAAAUUGGAAGCCAUAGAGGAUGAUUCUGUUAAAGAGACAGACUCAUCUGCAGCAGCAUCAACACCUUCGAAAAAGAAAAGUUUAAUUGAUCAGUUCUUCGGAGUUGAAUUUGAAACUACUAUGAAGUGUACAGAAUCUGAGGAAGAGGAGGUCACCAAAGGAAAGGAGAAUCAGCUUCAGCUCAGCUGUUUCAUCAAUCAGGAAGUCAAGUACCUUUUUACAGGGCUUAAAUUGCGUCUUCAGGAAGAAAUCACUAAACAGUCUCCAACCUUGCAAAGGAAUGCUUUGUACAUCAAAUCUUCCAAGAUCAGCCGGCUACCUGCUUACUUAACUAUACAGAUGGUUCGAUUUUUUUACAAAGAGAAGGAAUCUGUGAAUGCUAAAGUUCUUAAGGAUGUUAAAUUUCCUCUUAUGUUGGAUGUGUAUGAACUAUGUACACCAGAACUUCAAGAGAAAAUGGUCUCUUUUCGAUCAAAAUUCAAGGAUCUAGAAGAUAAAAAAGUGAAUCAGCAGCCAAAGACAAGUGACAGAAAAGGUAGUCCCCAGAAAGAAGUUAAGUAUGAACCGUUUUCUUUUGCUGAUGACAUUGGAUCCAAUAACUGUGGCUACUAUGACUUACAAGCCGUACUGACGCACCAGGGAAGGUCUAGUUCUUCAGGUCAUUAUGUAUCAUGGGUGAAAAGGAAACAAGAUGAAUGGAUUAAGUUUGACGAUGAUAAGGUCAGCAUCGUGACACCGGAGGACAUCUUGCGACUCUCUGGUGGUGGAGACUGGCAUAUAGCUUAUGUUCUGCUCUAUGGGCCUCGCAGAGUGGAAGUCAUGGAAGAGGAAAGUGAACAGUAAUCUUCAUUUUAGCUAUUUAUGCUUAGGUGUGAAAUAAAUGUUAUUUGUUGAUUUCUUCUAUAAUCCAGGGCUCUAGGGAAGAUAUUUAAGUGGUUUUACAUUUCCCCAUCAUGUGGGACAAAAGAGUGUAGAAACAGACCACUCUACAUCAACCUAAAGUUGAUCUUUGAAAAAGUGAUGUGUAUUCGUUCACUUCUCUUUUUAGAUGAAUGGAUUAAGUUUACGAUGAUAAGGUCAGCAUCCUAAUUUUUCCUAAAAAAUUAGGAAAAUUGCUUUUGGAUAAAGAAGGCAGGAAAACAUUUUUAAAUGCUCGUUUCUUGCAUUAAUUCUGAGUAAUUGUGUUGAAAUGACUCUCGACCAUUACCCGCUGUAAUAAUUUUUCUCCCUGCCUUUUUAGCCCAGGAUUCAGCAAUCAGAUGUUUAUUGCACACCUAUUACUCUAUCACUUGUUCUUGCAUGGUUUAUACCACCAUCAGUAGCUGCCCAUCCUCUGCCUUAUCUAACAAUUGUUGCCAGGAAGGUGGAAAGGAGUGUUGCUCUCAUUGUGUAUCUCAGUGCUGCUGUCCACAUCCCAUGGAGAUAUGGGUACAAUCAAGUAUUUGUCAGCCGGACCGUGCUGGCUUUUCAUGACUUUAAAAAUAAAUUGUGAUCAAUAAUAGUA